AUGCUGUUGCAACCUAUCUGCAGACGCUGUCGAUGGACUCGGUUCGUGGGGCCCAUCAGAAGAUGGAACUCGACCGGGACGAACGGAGAAAGGCCAUUUUCAUUUAAGGAUAUAUCUAGUCAAGAGGAGAUCUCGAACAUCUCGUAUCCUUCGGCCUCCAGCCCAGGCUCCACAAUUACCACGGGCGGUACUGAAACGUACAAGCCACAAGAGGAGGUGGUCAAAUAUAUUCUUCAUGGAAAGUUCACCAAGAAUAACACACAUUUGACGUUUUCUAGCGUGAUGGAAGACAAGAACUUCCGCAAGAAUAAAGGGCUAUCGUAUAACGACACGAUGCUGUACUACUUGAACCUGCCUGAAAAAGUCAGGAUUUCGAUAUCCACCGGCUGUCUAGGAUUCAGAAAGGCUGCAAGAGGGGAAUAUGAAGCUGCUUUCCAGACCAGCAGUAAAAUGUUUGAUUUGAUCAAAGAGAAGAACAUGCUGAAUAAAGACAUAGAAGUGGUAAUGGACGAUUUCGGCAAGGGCCGGGCCGCGUUCAUUUCUGCUCUUGUUGGGAAGGAAGGUGCCAGUGUGGUGAAGAAGGUAGUCAAGGUCAGCGACGCCACCAAAUUGAAGUUUGGUGGUGUGAGAUCUCCAAAGAUGAGAAGAUUAUAA